CUUGUACGAACCACCCAAUGCACCGUCAUAGUACAGCGAAAUGGCAGUUUCAUUUAAAUGGCCCUGGCUAGGCGUAGCGAUUCCAUGCCUCUUGAUUGCGUCAAUAGGGUACGGCUCGCACUUCUUUGUAUUCAGAAAGCACUUUUCAGUCGAAAAGCAGAUGGGAUUCCAGCUUGCCUUAUCCAUGAUCUGGCUUUCGUACUACCUUGCGAUUAAGAAAAGUCCCGGCUCUCCGCCACAGAAUUUUAAGCCGGUGAAAGGCGAAUGGCGCCGAUGGUGCAAAAAGUGCAGGGGCUACAAGCCAGAACGAACCCACCACUGCAAGACCUGCCGCACUUGCGUGUUGAAGAUGGACCACCACUGUCCCUGGACGUACAAUUGUGUUGGUUUUGGUAACUACGCCCACUUUAUCCGGUUUUUGGUGUGGGUAGACGUCACUACGUUUUUUGUGAUGUGCGAGUUGUUCAAGCGCGGUUUGCAGUUUUACCACGACCGGGCAAUGCCGGCCUACUUGUAUGACAUCAAAGAAUUGACGGCUGUGAUGGUCUUUUUGCUUCUAGACUUCUUGGUGCUCUUCACCGUCGGGAUCUUGACGAUUAGAUGUCUCUACAACAUUGCCACCGGCUACACCCAGAUCGAAAGCUGGGAACGGGAGAGAAUCGACAGCCAAAUCCAGAACGGGAGAAUCUGGAAGCAAAUCUCCAAAAACUACGAGCAGCUCCAUGGAAAGAAAAUGCCCAAACUUGUAUCGUGGAAUGCCUCGUGGAUGGCGCGGGAAGCGGAAGCAAGCAGAGAGGUGGAACGCGACGAUGACGAGCCUGAAGUGGACUCCAACUUCUGCAUCGACGAUAUCAUCUUCCCCUAUGACGUUUCCUUCUUUGGAAACAUGACCGCAACGCUAGGCCCGUUCCACACGUGGAUGCUUCCGUGGGGUGGGCCAACCUCCAACGGCUUGCACUUUAAGAAAAAUGAGUACGUGGACGACGACCAACUAGGCUUGCCGUGGCCAGCCGACGGAGGGCACCAAGAAAAGCCGGAAGAAGAUAUCAUGCAUGAAAUCACCACCAGAAGCGGAAAGGUGUUCAGGCGGAAGUGGAAGAAGGACCCAAGGGAGAAUUUGAGCCGCAAAGAGUGGUUUAACGACUUUGGUGAGACGUUGAACGACUUUGGGGUGGAUGUGGAGGCCGAAGAUGAGGAAAACGAUGAACUUAUAAGGUGAGACUCUGGAGUUAUUAAUUGCCCAAGCUACUAACCAUCGGUAUAUUGAAUGACAGGGCACGGUAGUUUAUUUAGAUCCUUUUCUUGGGACACGUGUAUGCCGAGAGAUUGUUCGAUAUGGCUAGUUUUUGGUAGCUUUGCAAAACAUGGCAAGUAAUGUCUUUUUUUUAAAGCUCUUCUUUCGUGGAAUACAUAAAU